UUUUCCCCGUUAACAUUUCAAACCUCCAUCAAAUCUGCCCAAAAUGCCUUUCACUGCUUCCGACAUUUGCAAAAUUAUCUUUGCCAUUAUCCUGCCUCCUCUGGGUGUCUUCCUGGAGCGCGGAUGUGGUGCUGAUUUCCUGAUCAACAUCUUAUUGACCAUUCUGGGAUGGAUCCCCGGUGUCAUUCACGCCAUCUACAUUAUCUUCAAAUACUAGAGAUACCCACCCACACAUCUUCGCAACCAACGCUUUCCAAGUCUAAUAUCCCUUGGAA